AUGGCGAGAAGCGAAAUUAACCAUAUGGAUCUUUCAACAGAAAAAUGGUUAUCUGAAAUACUGGAAAUGGAUGUUCCUGCCCUCUGUUAUCAGUGGCCGAUGAUGAACUCCAUUGACCAAUCUGUUAACGAGGACAUCCUUUUCAACCGAUUCUCCUCCUCGGAUCAUGAGAGCUACCCAAUUCAUCCAUCCUCCAGUAUAAAGAACAAGCAACUUCAUGAAGCUUCUCAAACUAGUGGCGUUAGUCUUAGCCAACCCAUCCAGCUCAUCAACAAUGACAAAGAUUCGAGAUUAAUCUGCACAUCCCGAAAGCCCCCUUCUUCUCCGUCCCCCAGAAUUAUUUCGUUCGGGGCUGGGACCUGCAACUACCCAAAACACACUGUCAAGACCAAGUCAGAUAAGAUGAUGCAUCUUGGAACUGCAUACUACUCUUAUAUUUCUCCCAAUUCCUUUAAUCAGGAACCAUCUGAAGCUCUAGAAUAUGGUGUCAGCAGCCCCUUUGAAAAGGGUUUCUCUGGGACACCCGUGCGGGCUCAAGAUCACAUUUUAGCAGAAAGGAAACGACGACAAAAGCUGUCCAAGCAUAUCGCUGCUUUAUCAGCUGUAGUUCCUGACUUAAAGAAAGUGAGUGAGAUUAGAAGUAGCUGA